UUGGUUUUUGCCACAAGCAGUGUGGCCACGCUGGCUUCUCCCCUGGACACUCGCAGGUAGACGACGGCUGCAUAGGCUCGUUGGGAGACGUCGCAGAACCCGUGCAGAUCGAAUUGCGCCCUGUCUGCUGAGUAGUUCGUCCAGCGAGGAAUGGCCAAAGCGUCGAGUUGGCUCAGCGUUUUCCGGAAGGUUUUCCAUGCGGAAAGCAGUUGCUCAGGGGCCGCCCAUCCCAAGGGGUCGAAGAGACUGGCUACUUCCGAGAGGAUACGCCUUUUAGUGUAUCGCGUGGGCUCGUUGAGGGGUGGAAGGACACGCAAGGAGAAGGUGUCCGUGGUUGGCCUCCAGACGACUCCCAAGAGCUGCUUCCUCGUCAUCGGCUCCGGCAAGGAUGUCAUCCACAUACGAAUGCCGACGAAUUGCGACCGCUCCCAGCGGGAAACGCUCCUCCUCGUCUGCAGCAAGUUGGACCAACACCCGCAGCGCAAGGAACGGCGCACAGGCUGUGCCAUAGGUGACAGUCUUUAGCCUGAAAUCCUGUACAGGUUCAUCGGGUCUGGAGCGCCAAAGUAUCCUGCUCCAGUCCGCGUCCGCCGGGUCUACUCGAAUCUGCCGAAACAUUUUAACAAUAUCCGAGGCAGCAGACAGUCGUUGAGAGAGGAUCCCGUGGCGGUGCGAAAGGAGGCAUUGAAGACGACCCUGAUUUUGCCGGUAGGGUCGUAUCGCUUCGCCACAGCAUGGUGCGGUAGAUAGUAGGCUGGAUCCUGAACCGCAGAUUCCGGUACCGCCUCCAUGUGACCCAAGGCUGCGUACUUGUCCAUGAACUGCGAGUACUUGUCUCGCCAGGCUUCGUUGGACGCCAACUUGCGCUCACAGCUAAGCAGCAGCUUUAGCGCCGUCGAUCUGCUGGGCUUCAGGACGAGGCUUGGAUCCAAUUUGAAAGGUAGGUGCACCGAGUAGCGGCCUGUUUCGUCCCGAUAGUGCGUCUUUCGAAAGUGCCGCUCACAUUCUCGGUCCUCCGGUGAUAACGGGGGCUGUUCAUGUAGCUCUUCGAGCUCCCAAAAGCGUCGAAGCAGCCUAUUCGUUGAGUCGUCCGUUUGGCAAUGAAGGCUGUGGACGACUGCCUUGCUGCUAGUUCUUUUGGCAUCGGAGACAGGGCCCAUCAACACCCACCCAAGAGGCGUGCGCCGCGCCGUUGGGGUACCAAUCGGUCCAACCCUCGACUCGUCCUGUAACAAAACUCCACAAAUAUCAGCUCCUAGGAUCAAGUCAACACGAGAGGGUACUCCAUAUUCAGGAUCAGCAAGAAUCACUCCUUGAAGGUGCGGCCAAGACUGUGGUUGCACUGCUCGAGCGGGGAGCAACGUAGUCAGUUUCCGCAGCACCAACGCACGAACCGACAAAUGAAAGCUGGGGUCCAGACGAGAGCAUAAAGAAAGAGAAACCUCGCUUUUCGCCAGUCCACUCUCAUUCUCCUGUACUCCUGAGAUGGCGACGCUGACCGCCCGCCGUGGCAAACGGAGUGCUUGAACUACCCAACCAGAUACCAGCGACGUGUCCGAACCGGUGUCUAGCAAGGCUCUGACUUCGAGGUGUUCCCCUGAUGGUGCCUCCACCCUCACCUUGGCCGUUGCUAAGAGUGCGGCGGGUCGAGUGAUAGCUGAACAGGCGAAGGAGGCAGCCACGUUUUUUUCUUUUGUGUCGGAAGAAGCCGCUAGCGGUGGAGAUGUUGAAGCCUCUCCUUUGGUCGUGGGUGUACUCUUUGCGGGUACAGGACGCAAGGGGUUAGAGAACGGAUUCGGACGCAAUUUUUUGCCGGUGCGCGACCUUGCCGAAGCGAUGACUUCCAAUUUGCGGAACGCGUAUAGAAAAAGGUGCGAAUUGUGACUACGAAGGAUCUUUG